CUGCUAUCUCAAAUCCCUACGUCAUGUAAAAACUAUAUAAUUAGUCUGGGGUGAUCCAAAUUACGCACUAAUUGAGUAUCACUAGCAUGAAGUUCAUGAGUGGUUAAUUUAAGCUCUUAUGCAGUAAAUUCUUGACUCCCUUGUACUUAGUUGUCCUUUAUCUUGUGAGAAAUCCUUUCCCUUUCGUUGCGCAAAGCCACAAAGACAUAGACAAAGAGAAAGCGAGCACCAAGUGUUUGAUAAUUGUCUUGUGAGAAGAAAAAGCAAUAUAUUUAUGGCAAACAGCAAAUAUGAGUAUGUCAAGUCUUUUGAACUCGAGGACGAGGUCCUGUUUCCCAAUUUCAUCCUUGUUUGGAUCAAUGCCCAUGCUCAUAGGUGUCCUCUCCUUCACAAACCUUAUGAUGAAAAGGUCUUAAAAUUGAUGAACUCUUGUGCUGUUGCGGUGCUUGAAGAGUAUGCGGAUGUGGUCUUAGCCUAUGGGUUCAGUGGUGAGUACACUUUUGUUUUCAAGAAGAGCUCCAAGUUUUACGAAAGGCGCGAUAGCAAAGUGCUAUCCAUCAUCACUUCCUUUUUCUCAGCUGUCUUUGUGACAAAAUGGACUCAAUUCUUCCCACAAAAGGAACUACAAUAUCCUCCUUCGUUCCAUGGGAAAGUCACAGCCUGUGCAUCCAUUGAGUCCCUUCAAGCUUAUCUUUUGUGGAGGCAAAAUAUCUGCCAUGUGAGUGAUCAAUAUGAUCAAUGCUUUUAUCGUCUUGUUCAGCGCGGAAUGACUGAGAGGGAAGCAAUGGAUUUCCUCAAGGGUGCUGAGAAAUGCAAUCUGAAUGAUCUUCUAUUUAAUGAGUUCAAUGUCAACUACAAUACUCUGGACCCCAUUUUCCGACAAGGGUCUUGUGUUUUAAAAACAAUAGUAGAAGAUGUUGUGAAGUACAAUGAGAAUGGUGCACCCAUUAAAAGGCACAGGAGAAAGAUAAUCACUUUGCAUUCAAAGAAAAUAGCAAGCAGAAGAUUUUGGAAUGAGCAGACUGUUCUUUUGAAGGAGCUUGGUGGGUUUGUGGAGGAUAUUGACAAUGUGAAAGCAGAGUAUGUGAGGUCCUUUGAAUUUGAUAGCAAGUUGAUGCCAUCUACAUGGAUUGUAGUUCGACUAGAUGGAUGCCACUUCCAUAGAUUUUCUGAGGUACAUGAAUUUGUGAAGCCAAAUGAUGAGAGGGCUCUUAACUUGAUGAAUUCAUGUGCAGUGGCAAUCUUACAAGAGUUUCCACAGGAUAUAGUCUUUGCCUAUGGGGUUAGUGAUGAGUAUAGCUUUAUUCUUAAGAAAACCACUGAUCUUUAUCAAAGGAGAGCUUGUAAAAUCAUUUCUGCUAUUGUGUCUUUCUUCACAUCCACUUACGUGAUGAGAUGGAAAGAUUUCUUUCCACAGAGUGAGUUAAACUACCCUCCUUUUUUUGAUGGACGAGCAGUGUGCUAUCCUUCUACUGAGAUUCUAAGGGACUAUCUUUCAUGGAGACAAGUGGAUUGCCACAUCAACAAUCAGUACAACUCUUGUUUUUGGAAGCUUGUUGCUUCUGGAAAGAGCAAAAGGGAAGCCCAGCAUAGUUUAAAGGGUGCUCAGCUGCAAAAGAAAAUUGAGGAAUUGGCUAUUAACUAUGAUAAAUUACCAAUUAUGUUCCGACAAGGAUCCUCAGUUUUCUGGGACAGGGUAGACAAUGGUCUUAUUCUUCAGGAGAAUGGAGAGUGUUCUGAAAGUUUUGGGAAAGUAAUUGUAGAACACAAUGACAUCAUUGGAUCAGCCUUUUGGUUGGAACACCCAAGCAUCCUUGAUUAAAAGCAAUAGGUGCAGCGUAGCGUUGAGUAUGCAAAUUCAAUUUGAUUACUUUAUUUAACCCUUUGAUAUUUAUAUUUUCUUGUUGUAGCAAUGUCUUAGAACUGAUUUGAAGAUGGGCACGCAAUAGGAGCCAGAGGCAUAAAUCUGGUAUCAAUGUAUGAUAAUAUAA